GCAGCAGAGAAGGGAAAAUGAUUAUGAGAGGGAGGGAAUGAAAGAGACCACAGACAAAGAACAGAGACUGGGAAAGAACACUGGGAGGAGGGAGUGGGAUAAAGAGAGAGACAGAAGGACGCAGGGCAGACAAGAGGAACAGGGCUGCAGUUGGAAAGAGUGACAGCUCAAGAUCAAGAGGCUGAUAGAGAGUGAGAGUGAACGAGGAGCCCACUAAGAAGGAGGGAGGGAGGAGGAGGAGUCUUGAACAACAAGAGGAAGAUAAAAAAAAAGCGCUUGGGAGAGAGAAAGAUCUACAAACAGAACCCGUCCAAACACAGCCAUUACACUGGAGCAGCGUGCUGAGCCCAAGGAAUAUGGAUUGAAGUCAAGACAAGUUGGAAAUCUAUCUGGGAAUAGGACACCCUAAUUCAACCGACAACCAAAGGAACAACUGCUGUAGCGAGGAGAGGAGGAGAAAGACAGACAGUGAGAGGGAGCAAGAGAAGAGAGAGAGUACAGGAUAGUGAACGAGUAAGGGAAAAAGAGUGGCUAGACAGAGGAAGGCAAAAGAAAGAGAAUUAAUACCACCCACUGUGCCAAUACCACACACAGAUUCAAAGACAGAAACCCUGCCUGUGCCACACACAUAGUAUUUAUGUCUCACACAGUGGCAAUACUGCACACACCGAAUUUCUCAAACACGUUUGCGUGCGACAUAUGCAGUAAGUAUUCGACACGCUGAAAUCAAAACGUUUGUAUCAACAGAAACGGAGAGACACAAAGAAGAUAAAGAGGCAUGGAGAGACAUUAGAGCGUCAUAUGGGUUGAUAUUACUACGCACAGAGUUACAUAGACAGACAAAACGCAACAUAGUGGCAUCACGGGGCCUUCACAGGAGCAGGAACUCUUGGAAAACUAACCUGAGGAACUAUACCGCCAACUUAACCCCAUAAAAGAAUUACCACAGAGCUGGAGGCCGGUGAUUGUCCUACACUUUGACUACAAUCCUACCACCAUCAAACAGCAGCAAAGCAGAGCAACUGUAUUGAGGAUCUAUCAUAUCCGUAGGAUGGGUGCCUAAGACAGGCGAGCUGAAGAGCUGUGUCCCUGGAAGGAGCACCACCAGCCCUCCAGCCCCUCCCCACCAUGCUGCCCCGGACGGCCCAGGGCAGGGGCACCUUAAGCAGAGUACGAGGGCUCCUGCUGCUGCCCCUCCUAAUGGUGCUGCUGGUGACUUUUUGUGCUGCACAGAGUGAGAAGAGUCAGGAAAACCAGGGAGAGAAUAACACUGGCAGUACGGAGAGCCCGGAGACUGUCUCCUCAGAUGUGGCCAUCGUCAGUCCUCGUAACUCCUGGCUUGUCUUCAGACACAACUCCAACAAAGGAGAGAACAAGAAGACCAAGCCCCCAAAGAGGGCAUCUAAGCAUGGGCUACCAGGGCCCCCCGGACCACCAGGCCCCCAAGGGCCACCCGGCCCCCCCGCCCCGCUGUUACCUCAGCAGGAAGAGCUGAUGCAGGAGUUCCAGCUACGACUGAGAGAGAUGGCGGGCGGUCCCUGUCUGCUCUGUGAGCGACCUCCCCGUGUGGCCACCGCCUUCCAUUGCCGCCUGCAUCACCCCCUCACCGUGCCCCGCCGCAGUCUGCUGGAGCUGCAGCCAUUCAGCAGUCCCUCGGACACGGAGCAGAGCCUCCAGAGGGGCCAGGGCUUCAACUCUAGCAGUGGCCGCUACAUGGCUCCCGUCUCCGGGUUCUACCAACUCACCGCCAGCCUUCUCAUAGAGCCCAAUGAGAGGUCACAAGCCAGGAUGAAGGAUAGUGUGAAGGCUUCCAUCUGCAUUGAGUCCCUAUGCCAGAGCAAUGUGUCUCUGGAGUCGGUGACAGGGGUGGGUAGUUCAGGAGGAGUCUUCAGCAUCUUACUGACAGGAACCCUUUACCUACAGGCGGGGGAGUAUGUGUCCAUUUUCGUCGACAACGGAACAGGCUCAGCACUCACAGUCCUCCAGGAUACUUUGUUUUCCGGGAUACUCCUGGGAGUGUGAAGACAGUAAAACAAAUGAUACACCCACAUAUACAUAAGCACACACCCAUAGACAGAAAUGAACACAUGCAUUAAACCAUGUACGUACACAGAGAUGGGCAAAGAUACAUUCAAAUGUAUCUGUUACAAAAUAUAAAAUACCCUGAAGACCAAUGUAUUGUAAUGAACUACAAAAUACUGGUGCCAACAAAUGUAUUUGAUUAAAAUACAUGGAUUUUGUAUUUUCAAAAUACAGAAAAUACAUUUACAAGUAGCCUCCUUAAAUGAGUUAUAAAACAGCCUGUGAACGUUGGCUAACACGCUAUGAACAGUAUCUAUUGCCCAGACAGUUGGCACAGUUCAUAGUGUUAGUCUUCAGAGCUUUGUGGCCGCUGCAUUGGUGUCAGAAAUGAGAUACCAUAUAUUACUCUGAGCCUUACAUCAUCAGAGGUGUAGGUGGAUGCACAAAGGUGUUUGAAAGAAAGUAACUUGCCGAAUGAGAGUGAGUGUAGUGAUAGUGUGGCAAUAGAAAUCUAAUUCACUGCAUUAUCCUCACUCUGGAAGUGUACUGUAUCUUUGUGCAUUAACUUUUUUUGCAAGCUCCUCCACCAACAACUCUCAUUGCUGUACACGAUAGUGGCAUAAGACUUCUGAUAUGGGGCCACAAAAUUAUGAACCUCUAUUUUUUUUAAACGGUAUAAAAGUAUUUGUGUUUUGAAAAUACAAAAUACCAUUCUCUGAAGUAUAUUUUUACACAUUACAUUUUCAGUCCUUUCAAAUACAAAUUACAACAUACUCAAAAGUAAUUGAAAUACCUAUCCAAUCUCUGUGUGUACAUACAGAAAGUAUUUCUCAAAAUUGUAGACUCUCUCUCACACACACACACACACACACAGCUAUAUGCCACUCUGGGCAGAGCAGAGAAGAAAGCCUCACACUGGUAACUGCGAGUGGGAUGAGUGUGUCAUUAGCAAACAUCAACAGUAUUCAGACCAGCCUCUGCAAUUAUCCAUAACAGCAUUGCUAAGACAACAGGGUCGUAUUCACUAGUGCACACUGUAGCAAAACAUUUUGCAAAGAAAAUUAGUUUCUUAUUGGACAACUUCAGGUAGUUGUUUUCUUCCGUUUGGUUUCUACUGAAUACGACCCAGGACAUUUUGUUAACAACAUCUUAAACCACCAUUUUGUCUAUAUACGUAGAUGUAUUUUUCUAGUGCUACUUUCAUUGUCGAUGACUCGCUUUAACACGCUAUUCAGAAUAUUUAUUUUGCUUUUGGAUUUGAAAUGAAUACAAUAUAUAAAAAGUUGUGGAUAUUAUUGCUUGUAAUAAAACAUUUUUUGCAAUCCCAGUUAGGAUAUGCU